UCACUACCUUCCAUAAAUCAAGAAAACAGCAACAUAGCUGCCUUUAGUGGAACCAGUGAUGGAGACUUUUUGUCUCUGGAUCCACUGAUGGACAUCAAAAUAGAGCCAGAGGAAUUCUGUGAGUCUAAUGAAGAUGAUGAAUAUUCAUAUGAAAUGAAUUCAAUAGUGAAUGAAAAACAUCCACAAACUUGCAAAAAGGAAGUAAAACAAGAAAGAAGGAUCUGUGACAAUGGAGAGAAGCCUUUCAUAUCCACUGACUGUGAGAAAACAUUUUACAAGAAAAUUACAAAUCUUACAAGUCAUAUGAGGAUCCAUACAGGAGAGAAACCAUUCAUGUGCAAGGAAUGUGGGAAAACAUUUUCCCACAAACCAAAUCUUACAAGUCAUAUGAGAAUCCACACUGGAGAGAAGCCAUUCAUGUGCAAGGAAUGUGGGAAAGCAUUUUCCGAGAAACCAAGUCUUACAAGUCAUAUGAGAUUGCACACUGGAGAGAAGCCAUUCAUGUGCACGGAAUGUGAUAAAUCAUUUUCCCAGAAAUCAAUUUUUACAAGUCAUAUGAGAAUCCACACUGGAGAGAAGCCAUUCAUGUGCAAGGAAUGUGGGAAAGCAUUUUCCCACAAACAAAAUCUUACAUGUCAUUUGAUAUUGCAUACUGGAGAGAAGCCAUUCAUGUGCAAGGAAUGUAGGAAAGCAUUUUCCAACAAAUCAAGUCUUACAAGUCAUAUGAGAAUCCAUACCGGAGAGAAGCCAUUCAUGUGCAAGGAAUGUGGGAAAGCAUUUUCCCACAAAUCAAAUCUUACACUUCAUAUGAGAUGGCAUACUGGAGAGAAGCCAUAUAUGUGCAAGGAAUGUGGGAAAGCAUUUUCCCAGAAACCAAGUCUUACAUGUCAUAUGAUAUUGCAUACUGGAGAAAAGCCAUAUAUGUGCAAGGAAUGUAGGAAAGCAUUUUCCUACAAAUCAAGUCUUACAAGUCAUAUGAGAAUCCAUACCAGAGAGAAGCCAUUCAUGUGCAAGGAAUGUGGGAAAGCAUUUUCCCACAAAUCAACUCUUACAAGUCAUAUGAGGUUGCAUACUGGAGAGAAGCCAUUCAUGUGCAAUGAAUGUGGGAAACCAUUUUCCCACAAACGAAGUCUUAGACGUCAUAUGAGGUUGCAUACUGGAGAGGAAAAAGAAACAACAUGAUAAAAUAAACCAGUUAAGGCAGAGAUAUCUCAAAUGACCAACUAUAUGACAGAUCAAAAUCACUCACAAAAUUUGCUCAAGAAAAUAAGGAAGAUAAAGAAAAAUACAGAAUAGGGGACGAACAAGUGAGUGGAAAAUUGGAACUGGUAAAGGCCCUAGUUUCACAAAUAUGAAACAAACAACAGAAGAUAAAAGUAACAGAUAAAUAGGCAAUUUGGUGAAAAUCCAAAGAUUGUGUAUAGGAAGAUGACAAAAGAAACAGUUGAGGUACGAACCCCACUGAGCAACGAAGACCUAGAGAUUUUGGAAGCCACUAUUUGAAGACUUUAGACAACACCAAGAGAAUUCAUGGAUUGACUCCAUUAAGCAGAACAGCCAGAAACAGCAAAUGCCACCAAUAAGCUUCAUCAUAGGAAAAGUAACAAAACUAAAAGAAUAGGCAAGAUCUCAAAUUUCUGGCUAAAAAAGAUCACAGCACUACACCGCACUUAUAUGCAAGCCUUUUCAAGAAUAGUAAAAGGAGAAGAAUCACCAGAGUGGCUCACAACAGGAAGCACCAACCUUCUCCCUAAGAGCUCCGAGACUGAGCUCCCUAACAAAUAUAGACAAUGUUCAGUUGUACUGACAGAUUUGUUAAUGUUUUGCACCCCAAAAUAAGUUGCACUUGAUGUGGAGAUAAUUAUUGUGAACUUGUCUGCAAAAUCUAUAGAAAAAAGGGCAACAGCAACCUAAGGGAUGAUAAAAAGAAAAACCAUGUUGAUAUUUUUAUGAUCCAGUUAAUGACCAUCAUCAUUGCUGUUGCUCAAAGAAGAGAAGGAGAAUCUGAAGGAGGGUCUCACUGAAAAUGCAGAUGAAGGCUCUUCAUUUGCAGAGUCUUUAUUGGAAGUCAGGGCAGAGCCAGAGUGAAUUUCAUGCAAAAUGGUUCUGUAACCUUAAUGCAAAGGUAAAAUAAAUGACUUGUUUUUUCUUACAAUUGUUCUCAAUGAACACUGUACAGUGCUAGGUUAAGAAACUUUCCUUUGUCUUCUCCACUUUUCUUUGUCCUGUGUAUUUUUUGAAUGAUUUCCAAAUAAAAAAUUAUUAUUGUCUUUGGCUGACAUGGUUUUCUUCAUUUUGUUAUUCAGCAUUGUGCAUAUAUGCACUUGUAUAUGUAGUUGUAAGCUUGAAUGUUUCCAAGAAAUGUUAUUCUUAGUGGAAAUAGAAAGGAUUGAUACCUUCAUUAAACUUCAAUGAAAUUUAGGUGCAGUUUUAUUUGAUUAUUUUUUAUUAUAUGUUCUUGGUUUUAAUCUUCUACAAAGAAUGUGCUACAGCAUUUGUAAGUAAAUCCUAAUGCCUUGUAUUAGCUCACUAAAUACUACAGUGGACUGUAUAGUAUUUUGUUUUAGGUUAACCAGUCUGAAGUGUUGAGAAUAGACUAGUUAUGUAAAUGACUAAAG